AUGAGCGGUGAAAUCACCCACGGUUACAUCAAUCAUCAGUGGAGGUCGUCCAAUGCCUUCCUCAUUACUGUCGCUGUGGUCAGUUUGUUUUCAGAAAAAUUUCUCUAUGGAUUCAUCGUUCCAAUUUUAAAGUACAUGGUCGAGUUCCGCCUUGGACUUGAUCCAUCCAGCACACAAAACCUCACCACUGCCCUGCUUGCUGUGCAUGGAUUAUGCUCUUUGAUCUCUGCGCCCAUCAUCGCGCACUUCGCAGACAAAACACCAAACAGAAAGUACCUGCUACUAUCUUCUCUGGUGGGAUGCGCUCUAGGCACCUCUCUUGUUGCCUACACGCCGUCAGUAUGGGCACUCCUCCUCGGAAGAAUCGUUCAAGGUGUUUCUGGGUCUGCGACAUGGAUUUCAUCGUUUGCGAUGCUGGUGGAUAAUAUCGAGCCGGAGCGAAAAGGACAAACUUUAGCAUUGGCUAUGUCUUUUGUGACCAGUGGUGUCAUUGGAGGUCCAGCAAUCUCCGGCUUGUUGUUUCAGAUAGCUGGUUAUUGGGCAGCCUGGUCCGUUCCUUUUGCUCUUUUGAGCCUUGACUUUCUUGCCCGGCUAGCGAUGGUUGACAGAAAGUCCGAGAUGCCUCAGACUACAAAGUCAGUCAAGUCUUCGGAAACGCGGGGACCAGAGGACACAGCCGGGCUACUUUCAAGCCGGAAGAAUGGUUACAAAACAAUCGAACAAAAUCCGGAUGGGCUUUAUAGAGAGAGGACAGACAUCCUUGAGAGUCAGAAUGCUCAAGGCUCGAGCUCUGUUGAGGUUGAAACCCCAGGAUUCUACCGCACUUUGCUGUUUGAUCCACGGAUUUUAACCGGAUUGGCGAUCACUUUGGCGCAGUCCGUGAUUGUCGCUGGCUUUGACACUACGCUCCCUCUUUACCUCCAGAACACAUUUGGCUGGGGAAGUCUCCCCGUGGGAAUGAUGUUCCUUGGGAUCCAAGGGCCACCCAUCAUUCUAGGUCCUCUCAUUGGCGGCGUUCGAGAUCACCUAGGGCUGCGAUACCCUACUGCCCUAGGUUGGGCUAUCGUUGCACCAUUUCUCUGGUUACUUGCAGUUCCAGGGCGGUUCGACUUUCCCUGGGCUGCCCUAGAUUCUAAUGGUGAGGCCAUUGUGAUCGUCAGCAUUGUUGGGGUUGGUUUCGGAUUUCUAUUAAUCCGUGGAGCUGGAGCAUUCCAGCUAAUUGCUGUGACAAAAGAACUAGAAAACAAAUCCCCAAAUAUUUUUGGUCCCAAUGGAGCCAACUCCAAAAUUGCCGCCAUGAUGGAAGUUUCAUUCAAUCUGGGCAUGUUAAUUGGGCCUCUUGUUUCUGGAAGCCUCUCUGAGAUACUUGGCUAUUACUAUGUGAACUGUACCAUGUCGAUUCUUGCUCUAUUUGUUGCUGUCCUUUCCCUUAUCUACCUCCAGCGGUAG